AUGCUCACUUCUUCUUUUAGAAGGAGUGUUUACAUGUCCUCAGGAGUGGACUCUGCUGGAGUUGGUGGGACUGGUGUGUGCUGCUCUUUUCUGAAUCUCUGUGCUGCUUGGAGUUUACUCCUGGCAUCCCCUGGCUGCUAUGGGGGAAUCAUGGGUGCCCCAGCCUGUCACCACCUUCAGCUCUGUGCUGCUGUGGGCAGGGCUGUUGUGCCUAGCUCCAGCUGUGAAGAGUAAUGGUCCUCCAAAGGCAUUAUUGACACUGGAACCCCCAUGGGUCAAUGUGCUCCGAGAGGACAAUGUGACUUUGAAAUGUGAAGGGUUGCAAACCCCUGGACAUGACUCCACUGAAUGGUUCCACAAUGGAUCACCUAUCUCCAUCAACCAGGAAUCCUAUACCAUUCCUGCUCUCAACUUGAAGGACAGUGGUGAAUACCAAUGCCGGACAGAACAAACUUCCCUCAGCAACCCUGUGCGACUACAAGUCACUAGUGAUUGGUUGCUGCUCCAAGUGGAGAGCUUGGUAUUCAUGGAAGGUGAUUCUACAAUGCUGAGGUGCCACAGUUGGAAGAGCAAACCUCUAUAUAAAGUCACAUACUACCAUAAUGACAAAGCCUUAAAGUAUGGUUAUCAUUAUUUCGACUACAUUAUUCCUCAAGUGAACCUUACUCACAGUGGAUCCUACUAUUGUGCAGGGCAAAUGGGACGUGUUCUCCAUACAUCUAAAAGUGUCAUGAUCACUGUCCAAGAAGGGAACAGGCACAUCAUAAGAGGAUUGACAAUAAUAUUGGCCCAGGUGGUUGUGAUUGCUCUGAUUGCUGCUGUUGCCGUGUACUACUACAAGAGACACAGGAAAACAGUCAGUAUUUCUGAAGAGAUAAAAAAGAAAGAGGUGGAGAAUCCGGUCUCCUAUUCGCUUUUAAAGUACACAGAUACCUAUAAGGAGGAAGAAUGUGGAUGCCCAAGUUAUCAGAAUCACCUCUAGCCCUCCCAUAGUGGUUCUAUCCUGCUUGCUCCCUCCAGUACCAGGUUGACCUAAGACCUGGUAGACCUAAGACUGGGGACCAGCUGCUUCCUUGGUCAACUUUGUCAUUCAAGGAAAAUGGUUUUGAAAAUCUCUUUUGCAGAUGUCUGCAUGAUUUCUACACUGCAUUAAAAGCAUCAAAGGCAAUUGAUUGCCAGUGUUUACACUGCUUGUCUAUGCUGCCCAAUCUGGAUGAUUUAAUACCCUGAAUGACUUUUGCACAAUACUUUGGACAAUCCAAAACAUCUGUUUCCCUUUAGAGGAAUUUCCAGCUCCUCUUGAGACUGCUCCCUCACUAGGGCAGGCCUUGGUUCUGAUGGAGUUGGGGCAGGAGGUGCUUGAGCAUGGCUCCCCUCAGGUGAGGAUGAUCUUAAAGGAUCUCCUCAACAGUCCUCACUGCUUCAGGUUGAAAUGAGCCCCAUACAUCAGUCAUCUCUAACUGUGCUUUCCCUUAAAGUUUUAGAAAGGAGAUGAUUUAGGGAAUCUAAAGAGAAGGAAAUGCCCAGAACCAUCAAGUGACAUUCAGCAAUGCCAUAAAAACCCCAUUGCUAGAAGAGAGUCCUUGAUGCUAAAGGUCUAGACAUUCCAUGUGGAUCUGGCCUCCCCCUAAGCAGGAGGUAAGCAAAGCAUCCAGGGUGAAGGAGUAUCAUGGAAAGGAGGCAGGGAGCAUCCCUUGUUAUCACUCUUUUCUGGACAGGCCCUGUUUGCCUAGGGUUUAGUGCUGCUGUUCUGGCUGGGCUCUGCUCUCUUUGCUCAGGGUAGAGGGAAUGAGUAGGACUAGAGGGAUCAAAGGCCUCUUGGGUGAUGAAGCAGGAGAAACCUGAGUUCAAACAAUGCCUCUUCUACUUACUAGUAACAUGACAUCAGCAAGUCAGCUCAGCUGGCUGAGCCUCAGGUUCUCCAUCUGCCAAAUAGAGGGUUUUACUAGAUGAUCUCAAGUCAAUUCAGUAAUCUUCAUUUAGCACCUACUGUGUAUCAGGAGGCUAUUAUCUCUGGCUUCUUCAUCCAGGGACAGCGCUUCUUUUCCUCUCCCACUCACUUCCCCCAGUCUCUGCAAGGGAUAAGUUGAGAGAUAUACAUUCCGAGUCUUCAGAAUGUAUGUUUAAUUCAUGAAAGUGAUGUUAGGAAGCCUUCUCGACCUCAUGUUCUUAAUUAACUUGUUUUAGUACCUUUACAGUUAAUCUCUGAAAUCAUACUGUGAUUGAUUCCUUUGGCUCAUACUAAGUUACAAGGUCUCAUUUGAUCUUACCAAUAAUUACUUCUAUUUUACAGAUGGAAAAACAAAUAUAUAUUGCUGACAUGACUUGCCAUGCUCACAAUAAACUAAUAAGUGGCAGUGGCAGAAUUCAAACCUAAGCCUCUCCUGAUACCAAAUUCAGUUCUUCUAGCAAUUCCCAGAGCUGCCACUUAGGACUUAUUUCAGUUUAGUCAUCUGUAAAAGGAGGGGAGUUGUUCUAUAUGAUCCCUAACAUCUCUUCUAGCUCUAACAUUCUGUGAUCCCACAUAUAAUAAAGCAAUGUUACCAACUCA